CCGAGCUCGGCUCUUGUCCACCUGCCCGGGCGCAGCCCGCCCCGUGGCUGGACAGGGGCAGGGGCAGGGGGCGGCCGCGCCAAGUCCCGCCCCUCUACCCCAUUAUCACUAGCAGCGAUUACCCUAAACACUUGCUCUUUGCCUCCCGUCUCCCUCCAGGCAUUGGCGCGGCAGCCUGUCAAUCACCCCGGCACCCCAGCGCACCGGGCUCCGCCGUGCCACAGAGACAGGCGGCGGCGGCGGCAGACGCAGCCCCGGCGGGAAGGGGGCCGGGGAGCCGCCGCCGCAGCGGCGGGAUGCUGAUGAUGAUGGAGGAGGAGAUGCAGGCGGCAGAGGAGGGGCCCAGCCUCCCCAGGCUCUACCGGCAGAGGAGCCCCUACAGCGUCCUCAAGACCUUCCCCAGCAAGAGACCAGCCCUGCCCAAGCGCUACGAGAGACCCACCAUGGUGGAGCUCCCGCACCUCCGGCCGGCGGGGCAGCCCUUCCCGCCCGCCGCCUCCAGCAGCAGCGAGCCGCACCACUACCCGGCGGCGCCCGGCUCCUACCCCAGCGGGCCCGCCCGAGCCGCCUCGCUGGGCCACCCCAGGACUCCCGCCCCGCCGCUGGGGCCCCAGGCAGCCUCCUCCUCCUCGGCCCGCUACAGCCACGGCCAGUCGGGGGCCGCGGCCAGCGGCGAGGGCGGCAUCAGCAGCAGCCUGGAGCUGAGCGCAGAGAGUCGUAUGAUUCUGGAUGCCUUUGCCCAACAAUGCAGCCGGGUUCUUAAUCUUUUAAAUUGUGGUGGAAAACUACUGGACAACAAUCACUCUCAGUCCAUGAUUUCUUGUGUAAAGCAGGAAAGCACAAGUUAUAGUGAAAGACAAGAGCAGUGUCAGCUGGGGAAAAUGGUCCAUAGUCAGACGUCAGACAAUUUAGACAUAGAGAUGCAGUAUAUUCAAAAGAAACAACAAACCUCAGCCUUUCUGAGGGUUUUUACUGAUUCCCUUCAAAACUAUUUGCUUUCUGGGAGCUUUGCAUCUCAGAACACCUCAUCAGUAAAUGAUUUUGGCCAUUUGGCAGAUGUGGAUCCACUUUCAACCUCUCCAGUACACACUUUAGGUGGAUGGACAUCCCCAGCAACCUCUGAAUCCCAUGGUCACCCAUCAUCAUCUACACUUCCAGAGGAGGAAGAGGAGGAGGAGGAGGGAUACUGUCCCCGAUGUCAAGAGCUAGAGCAGGAGGUAAUUUCACUACAACAAGAAAAUGAGGAACUCCGGAGAAAACUAGAGAGCAUUCCAGUGCCCUGCCAGACUGUUUUAGAUUAUUUGAAGACUGUACUUCAGCAUCACAACCAACUUAUGAUACCUCAACCAACAGACCAUCCAACAGAGGGAAGCAAGCAGUUGCUGAACAACUAUCCUGUCUACAUCACUAGUAAACAGUGGGAUGAGGCUGUAAAUUCUUCAAAGAAAGAUGGAAGGCGGCUACUUCGAUAUCUCAUCAGAUUUGUUUUCACAACUGAUGAGCUUAAGUACUCAUGCGGCCUUGGAAAAAGGAAAAGGUCAGUGCAGUCAGGAGAGACAGGUCCUGAAAGACGUCCUCUGGAUCCAGUAAAAGUAACAUGUCUCAGAGAGUUCAUUAGGAUGCAUUGUACUUCCAACCCUGAUUGGUGGAUGCCAUCUGAAGAACAGAUAAACAAGGUUUUCAGUGAUGCAGUAGGACAUGCUCGUCAAGGACGUGCAGUGGGGACUUUCCUUCAUAACGGUAAUUCAUAUUAUGAAGGGAUAGACCAUCAAGGUUCACAAGAAGAAAUCUUCAAUAGGGGUAUCCAAGAUGGCUCUGGAGAUUGAUGUCAAUGGAGGAAAUCCAUACUACAAUAGCAACCAGUUAAUUAGAAGAUACUUUACUAAAAAUACUUUCCUUGAAGUCAUUUAAGAAUCCAAAGCAUGGUUGAACUCAUACUGCAAACAUUCCAGCUUUUCCAUCCUGUCCUAGGGUUCCAGAUAACAGAGAGUGAUUCAUUUCAAGGCCUACCUAUGGGAUUCCUUGGUGCCUAUAAAUUGCAAGCCUUUCACAGAAUCUUCAAAGGAAAACUGCAAUUUCAUUCAUCUAGUUCUAAAGAAAAGUUAAUUUUUAAAAAAGGUAUCAGAUGAUUAAAGAAACAAAAAGUCACUGUCUUGUCUGCUGGCUGAUACUGGGCCCAGUUCUGAAUUCCUGGACAGAACUGAACUCUGGCAAAAUUCCUUACUACUAUUAGUUUUAGUACUGAGUACGGGGUUUACAAUCAAACCGAGAGGCUUGUGACAAAGGAAGUAGUCUUCUAUGUUUUACUAGAAAGUAGUGUAGAAAAAUUAUAAAAGUUACCUUAAAAUGUGGAAUAUUCCAUCUCAUGUUAUGUACUCAAGUCCUGAACAAUACUUCCUUUGUCCAGCAAUACCAGGAAAUUAAACUUCCCUGCUAAAAUGGCAGUGCUCAUUGGCAACAGAAUCCUUCAAUUAGGAGGUAUCAAAACAGUAACAGGUAUUUCUAAACCAUUAAAAAUUUCUCCUUAUAAUUGAUAGAUAUACCCCUACCCUGAUAUAACGCGACCCGAUAUAACAUGAAUUCCGAUAGAAGGCGGUAAAGCAGCGCUCCGUGGGGGUAGGGCUGCCCGCUCCGGCAGAUC